AUUAGCUAACCCUUAACAGUUACUUUACUAACCUAGUACCACAGAAUGUAACGAUUAUUGUUACAUCUCUAGAUUGGCAUGCCUGUCCUUGACUUUUAGUUGUUAGAUAAAUCGCGUGAAUCACGAAAUGUCAUUUAAACACACUAGCUAGUUAGCUAGCUAUGAUGUACUAGGCAACGCGUUAGUAGCUUGUUAGGAAUAUUAAUGUUGAGUGAAAUGGCUAGAUAGAAAAAACGAUAUACAUAUAUUUGUUUUUUUAACGUUGGUACUAAUGUCCGAACACUCAAAACAUUGCUUGUCUGAAAUUGCUUAAACACUGGACUUCUUCAAGAACUUGUCGUAUAAAACAUUGAAAAACUGAAUCGUGUCUGACAAAAUGAACAAAGGCUCCCUCCAGUUCGAGGACAAAUGGGAGUUAAUGCGUCCCAUCGUUCUAAAGCUGCUCCGCCAGGAGUCAGUCACCAAACAGCAGUGGUUCGACCUUUUCUCAGACGUCCAUGCAGUAUGCCUAUGGGAUGACAAGGGGCCGGCCAAAAUCCACCAGGCCCUGAAAGAGGAUAUCCUAGACUUUAUCAAGCAAGCACAAGCGCGCGUGUUGAGUCAUCAGGACGACACAGCGCUGCUGAAGGCCUACAUUGUGGAGUGGAGGAAGUUCUUCACGCAGUGCGACAUCCUGCCCAAACCCUUCUGCCAACUGGAGAUCACUCUGAUGGGCAAACAGGGCAGCAACAAGAAGUCUAACAUGGAAGACAGCAUUGUACGGAAGUUGAUGCUGGAUACGUGGAAUGAGUCCAUCUUCUCCAACAUCAAGAAUAGGCUUCAGGACAGUGCCAUGAAACUUGUGCAUGCAGAGCGCCUGGGAGAGGCCUUCGACUCUCAGCUGGUUAUUGGCGUCAGGGAGUCCUAUGUGAACCUGUGCUCAAAUCCGGACGAUAAAUUACAGAUCUACAGAGAUAAUUUUGAGAAGGCCUACAUGGACUCCACUGAGAGGUUCUACAGAACACAGGCCCCUUCCUACCUACAGCAGAACGGAGUCCAGAACUACAUGAAAUAUGCAGAUGCCAAGUUGAGGGAGGAGGAGAAACGGGCGCUGCGCUACUUGGAGACUAGAUGUGAAUGUAACUCUGUACAAGCACUGAUGGAAUGUUGCGUGAACGCUCUGGUGACGUCCUUUAAGGAAACAAUAUUGGCUGAGUGUCCAGGCAUGAUCAAACGAAACGAGACAGAGAGUGAGUACGGGCGGAACACUCCUGGCACCAAAGGCGCAGCCAGCUCAGAGCUCAACCUCAUGUUCUCCUUGAUGGAUAAGGUGCCCAGUGGCAUUGAACCCAUGCUGAAGGACCUGGAGGACCACAUCAUGUCUGCUGGACUGGCCGACAUGGUGGCCUCCGCAGAGACCAUCACCUCUGACUCUGAGAAGUACGUGGAGCAGCUCCUCACCCUGUUCAACCGCUUCAGUAAACUGGUGAAAGAUGCCUUUCAGGAUGAUCCUCGCUUCCUCACUGCCAGGGACAAGGCUUACAAAGCAGUCGUGAAUGACGCCACUAUCUUUAAAUUGGAACUGCCACUGAAGCAGAAAGGUGUGGGGCUGAAGACCCAACCGGAGUCCAAGUGUCCAGAGCUCCUGGCAAACUACUGUGACAUGCUGCUGAGAAAAACCCCGCUCAGCAAGAAACUUACCUCUGAGGAGAUCGAGGCCAAGCUCAAAGAAGUGUUGCUGGUGUUGAAGUAUGUGCAGAACAAAGACGUAUUCAUGCGGUACCACAAAGCCCAUCUGACCCGACGCCUCAUCCUGGACAUCUCUGCCGACAGUGAGAUUGAAGAGAAUAUGGUGGAGUGGCUCAGGGAGGUAGGCAUGCCAGCAGACUAUGUGAAUAAAUUGGCCCGGAUGUUCCAAGACAUCAAGGUGUCUGAGGAUCUCAACCAGAACUUCAAAGAGUGUCAUAAACACAACAAGCUGGCCCUAUCAGCGGACUCUGUCAACAUCAAGAUCCUGAAUGCUGGGGCGUGGUCGCGGAGCUCAGAGAAGGUGUUUGUGUCACUACCCACGGAGCUGGAGGACUUGAUCCCUGAGGUGGAGGAUUUCUACAAGAAGAACCACAGCGGCAGGAAACUACACUGGCACCACCUCAUGUCCAACGGCAUUAUCACAUUUAAAAACGAGGUGGGACAGUAUGACCUGGAGGUGACCACCUUCCAGCUGGCUGUCCUAUUUGCCUGGAACCAGAGGCCACGGGAGAGGAUCAGCUUUGAGAACCUCAAGCUAGCCACGGAGUUACCUGACGCCGAGCUCAGACGCACCCUCUGGUCCCUGGUAGCGUUCCCCAAGCUAAAAAGACAGGUGUUGUCUUAUGACCCAGUGGUGAGCUCUCCCAAAGACUUUGCUGAGGGAACACUCUUUUACGUCAACCAGGAGUUCUCGCUAAUAAAAAAUUCCAAGGUCCAAAAGAGGGGGAAGAUCAACUUGAUUGGCCGGCUUCAACUUACCACAGAGCGAAUGAGGGAAGAAGAGAAUGAGGGAAUCGUGCAGCUCAGGAUAUUGAGAACACAGGAGGCUAUAAUCCAGAUCAUGAAGAUGCGCAAGCGGCUCACCAAUGCCCAGCUGCAGACAGAGCUGGUAGAGAUCCUCAAAAACAUGUUCCUGCCCCAAAAGAAGAUGAUCAAGGAGCAGAUGGAGUGGCUGAUCGAUCACAAGUACAUCAAGCGUGAUGAGACGGAUCUUAACACCUUCCUCUACAUGGCGUAGCAGUGUUUGCAAUGCGACGCUGCUGAUGUGUAGCGGUGUUGACGGGAAACAUGUUGACAACGUUUAACGAUGUUGACAACGUAACAGUGGGGACAUUGGGGGUUCUUUUUCAGGCCUGCUGGGCAAAAGAAUGAUUCCAGGCCCAACCCUCUUUGGAAAAAUAUAUUUGGUUCAUGGGGGUUCAGCUAUGAUGGAAUAGAAUUUUUCCAGACUGACCUCCCUUUGAUAAACAAAUGAUCUGUUGCGUGGGGAAAUAUAGACAACAUUUAUGAGACGAGAGUAACAGCAAUGUAAAAAGAGGUGUAGACGGGACAUAGUUGGCGGUUGGGACGGUCUGUCUCUGUUGCUAUGAUAUUUGCCUCUCUGUCCACCAGAAACCAAGUAGACCCCUACCCCGGUCCAUCUACAGACAGCCCACCCCUACCUCUGGCCCCUCUACAGACCCCCUACCCCUACCUCUGGCCCCUCUACAGACCCCCCACCCCUACCUC